ACAUGUGCUUUAAACAAGGACAAAGGCGAAUUUGAAGUGAAACGGCAGACGUUGACCGACGAGGAGAUCUCCGACGGUAUAACAAGAGAAUCUGACGAUGAUGAUGGUGUGUUGCACGAAGAUGCGGUGGAGAUCAGGAACACCAGCGAGCUUUUACACAAAGGGACGAUGAGGCAGGUGUAG